CUGACGGUUGACCUGCAGACAGGUGAGGAUGGCAGCUCGUGCUGACGCGGUGCUGCUGCUGCUGCUGAGCGGUUCGGUUCUGCUCGGACACUCCGCCGGUCCCGGACACUCCUUCUCCUCCUCGGCUCCGGAUUCUGAGCGCGGCAGGAUGGAGCUGCGGCGCGUGCGCACCCUCGCGGCUCAGUCCCGGUACGGAGAGUGUUGGGCGCGAGCUCUGGAGUACCUGGACGCAAGCUGCAGGGACUUGACGUCGGAGAGCCAGAGCCUGAUCGCGCUGCGGUUCACCCACUGUCACCUGAGCAGCUCAGGCAGGGAUUUCCCAGCAUGCCCUGAGGGGUCAGAGGUCAGCAGGUGUACAGCUGGCAUGGACACAGUGGCGUUUAACAGCUACACAGAGUUCUUCACACACACCCACUCCAUGUGCCACUUCCUGCAGUCUGAGGCCUGGCAGCGCCAAGCAGAAAACACCAUUUACAGGUUGACAGAGAGCUCGGCAGGUGUAGCCGAGCAACUUCAGUCCACCAGGCUGAUGGCUGAGGACCUGAUCGAGGCCCAGAGUGCUGCCUUGCAGGCGCAGAAGGCGAUCCUGUCCAAUGGCGAGGAGCUCAGAGUUACACUCAGAGACUCCACACAGGGUCUGCGGUCGGUGUUCUCAGAGCUCAGCAGCGCCUCGAGGGAGCAGCAGGUGGCGCUGUCCGAACUCUUCAACAGAGUUUCCUUCUUGCAGAGUUUCCUACUGAUGGAGACUCACAGCCUGAGCUCCUGCUGCUACAACGCUGCUGCCCUCUGCACCUCCUUCCUCAUCACCUCCACUCCACGCUCCUCCAGAGCCAGGUUGGUGUUGUUGAGUUUAGUAUGUUUGAACUUCUACCUGGAGAGAAAGAUCUACCAGUUUGUGCUGAGCUUUGAUAAUCCUGAGCACCAGCACAUGGAGGUGCUCACUGUGUAUGUGAGUGCAUUGAGGCGGUUCAUGGUGUGUGUUGGAGUGUGUGUUCUGCUGGUGGUGUGUGUGCGCUACAGGGACCCGGUGCAGCAGAGUCUGCAGGUGCUGCAGCAGCUCAGAGAGACUCAGAGGAGCCUGCAGGAGGCGCUGCAGCAUGCAGAGAAUUUAGGGGAGCGACGGAGGACGGCAGAGGACGAUCCGCUUCGUGUGAAGGUGAGAACAUCAGGAGGCAGUUCAGAUGAGAUCAGAGAGCAGAAGAAGAAAGGAGAUGCUGAGGAGGAAGGAGGAAAGAAGAGAAGAGGAAGAGAGGGAGGACAUUUCGGUGUAUCCCACCACUGGCGGCUCAGACCCAUCGAACCUCUCGCACUUCGGUUGGAGCAGCGACAGCAUCCUCAGCAGCACCGGGAACGCCUCAUCAUCCACCCUCAGGAGCGGUUCCCACAACGCCUCAGUGCCUCAGAGUCCAGGCAGGCGGCCUCGUCGCUCAUCCUCUCGCCUUCCUCAGUCUCCCCCCUCCUCCCCGCUGGUGUACAGCAUCCUGGUGGAGGACAAACAGCCUCGUUACAGCCUGAGGAGCAGAAGGUCGGACAUUCACUGACUCAUCCACUGCAUUUAUGUUCUCAUUUUUCUACUGGAAACAUAAUUUUACUUAUUUUUUUGUUUUUGUCUGUUUUUGUAAAUGUAAAUAAAAUGUUUUUAGAUUUAAAACAAGAAAACAUGUCAAAGUGAUGAGAUGAAGGUAUGUAAAAUGUCUGUUUUUGAAAUGUUUUCUGAGAUGAAGCUGAUUGGAGUUUAAGGCACACACAUUGUUUUUUUUACUGCAUGUAAAAGAUUGGCAAAGGUACUUUCUGGUACGAAGGUUGAGUUUUGAUAAACUCGUAUGUUGUGUCCAAAAUCACAUACUUUGUUACUUGUAUUCACCGCUCUGAGUGCUUAAGUGCAUUCAAGCUGUCAAGA